CUAAACACAUGACUUGACUUUUCUCUCUUGCUUAGUGGCUAAGCUAAGUCCUUCAUUCAGCCGAGCUGAUGCAGAGUGAAUCCAACUGAGAGGCUCUGAGAGGAAAAGGAAGGACAAUUAAAACAGAAGAAAGAGAGAGAGAAUAGAGAAUGAAAGAGCAGAAGAGCAUGCUGGGAGAGGGCAGAGCUGGAGAAGUGUCAGGGGCCAGAGGACGCUCUGUGUGCUGGGGAGGGAGGGAGCAUGUUCGAGUCGGCCUGGCAGAAGCUCUCAGCACAUUUGUCAUGAUGGUGUUUGGACUAGGCUCUGUAGCUCAGGUGGUCACAGGAGGGGGACAUUUUGGAGAUUAUUUAAGCAUAAAUCUAGGUUUUGGUCUGGCGGUGGCAAUGGGGGUCCAUGUUGGAGGGAAGGUAUCAGGUGCUCACAUGAACGCAGCAGUGUCCUUCACCAUGUGUGUGCUCGGCCGGCUGAGCUGGAAGAUGCUGCCUCUAUAUGUAGUUGCUCAGCUUCUGGGCUCUUUUCUUGCAGCUGGAACAGUUUUUACACUUUACUAUGAUGCCAUUCACCACUACUGUGAUGGUAAUUUCACAGUGUCUGGUCCCAAAGCAACAGCUGGCAUCUUUGCCACUUAUCCAGCACCAUACCUCUCAAUACCAGCUGGAUUUCUGGACCAGGUGCUUGGCACUGCCAUGCUGUUGCUGUGUGUAACAGCUCUGGCAGACCAGAAGAACCAGCCUGCCCCAUCUGGUGGAGAGCCCGUGGCUGUGGGGGCUCUUGUACUGCUGAUUGGGAUUUCCAUGGGGAGCAACAGCGGCUAUGCCAUCAACCCCACACGAGACCUGGGGCCAAGAAUCUUUACAGCCCUGGCAGGCUGGGGAUCAGAGGUAUUCAGGGCAGGUAACGGCUGGUGGUGGGUUCCAGUGCUGGCUCCGUUAGUUGGUGGAGUGAUUGGGGCUUUGAUCUACAAGGCUUUAGUGGAGCUGUUCCAUCCUGUUCAUAACAACAAAGAACCAGAGCAUGGAGAGCGAUCAUCAGAGCUCGCUCCACUGGAUCAGUGCAAGAAAGGAAGUGCAGAUGUCUGCGUGUGAACUGCUCACACACUAAACAACUACCCCAUGUAACCAAAGAGAGAGAGAUAAGGAAGACAAGGAGCCAAUAGAAAACAGGAUUUCUCACAGCAAGGUCCAUCCUGUCUCUAAGAUAAGCUGCUUUUGUUAUGAAGCAGAAAUUAAACCAGGCGCUUCCUUUCAUAAGACUUGAUUUGCCUGCUGGUCCAUUCCACUCUUCAGAAAAGACUGGCAUUAGCCACAUCCAGAGUGAGGAAGGAAAAACAAUGGAAACACUGCAGGAUUUUGGCAGCCAUAGUGACAUCUUGAUGUAAUUAACAAAGAUAAAUAAAAAAGCUGACUGGGCGCAAAACAGCUUGAAGCCGCUUUAGACUUAGUGGAAAGGAUGGCAGUGGAAGGAAUUGCUAUUUGCAACAAGCUGUUUUCCAUAAACAGCUUCAAAAGCUUGGUGUAUUUUACAGUAAUUACAUGCUUUGAAUUAGCGUUGAUUAAUCAUAAUUCAACCAAGCACAAUUCUCAGCAAUGCAUACUAACAUGGUGUUGGUGUGUUAAAGUGUGUGCUGUGCUGGUUGUAAGAGUUCAAGACUUAAUUACUUGAAUUUUUUGCCCUCUUAAUAAAGUGUUUGAGAGCAUCAGUUGUAAAGUUGUAAAGAGGAAGAGUUACAGGUAUACAGUGAAUAGUAAAUAUUUAAGCAAUGCUCUAAUCUAUAUUAAGCCCAGAACUACUCAACUAAGUAAAGAAAAAAAAUACUUUUGAGAAAUUAAGGACAGCCAAUCCAAAACAUAUCAAGAACUUUGAAAGUAUCCAAAAAUGUUAUGAUGAAACUGGCUCUCAUCAGGACCGUCUAAGCAAAGAAAGAGCAAGAGUAACUUCUGUUGCACAGGAUAAGUUCAUCAGAGUUACCAGAGGCCACCUAAAUGCUUUACAGAGUACUUUAGCUUGUUUAACACUUGUUUAAGCCCUGCUUUGAAUAUAAAUAGAUAAAAGAACUAAAAGCUGAUAACAGUAUGACUUUGGAAAUUAUGUUUAUUAAAUAUAUCAUAUUAAGCACUGUAUUUUUCGCAAUAUAAGGCACACUUAAAAUCCUUUAAUUUUCCCAAAAAUUGUCAGUGCCCUCUAUAAUGUGGUGCGCCUUAUGUAUACAUUUUUUCCAGUCAGAUAUAAAGAAGCAGUUAAGCUCUCUCCGCUGAAUUACAGCGUUAUACUGGAGUUUUAGUUUAGUUCUCCACCACCGAGACUGAAGCAGCAUUAGCAUUAGCCGCUAACCACUCUAAGCACUAGAUCUUUUGCUGUUCAGAGGUGGUUAUUAUUGGACUGUAGCCUGUUGCUAACCCACGCUAGCAUGGCUGGAGCAGCUCUUUCGCUGUGAGAGGUGAGUAUAUUGGACUGUACUCUAUGUGUUUACUGUAUUAAAACAAGCUACGAGGGACGAACCACUAUAUUGCUGAUAUCGCCCUGGCUUACCAAAAUGCUCAGAGUUUCCCAGUGUAGCGCUGUUGGGCGGCAUUAGCCGCUAACCAUGGCUAGCUCUAGCGGUUAGCCACUAAUGCUGGUGCACUCAGGAAAUCUUAGUAAAUCUAAGCUUACUGUAAAUAAACAAAAGUGCUUUACUUGCCCAAAUAAACAGUUUUCAGGAGAUAAAUCUGCAUAAAUUAAAAUCCAGUGCUCAGUUGACUUUAAAAGAAAAUGUUUUCUUUAAAGAAUUACACUUUGUUUAAUUAGCUUGGCUUAGCUUUACAGGUCCCACAACCCAGUGACAAGACCUGCUGAAUUAGAAGGAAAGCAUGGCAACACCCCUGUUCCUUGUUGCAUUAUGCACCUUAUAACCCAGUGCGCCUUACAGUGUGAAAAAUACAGUAACAAAACAGCCAUGAAUGAACAUGGAGCUCCUGUGCAAAGGGCAUAAUAAGCAGCCAAAGAAGUGAUCUCAGUGCAUUCAACAGUCACCCCCUUCAUUCAUCACCAUGCUAACUGAAGAAGCUGCAACUCUGCAAUUUUUAGCCUGAUUCAGUGUACAUAGACUGUGAGAAACAUUUCACUGUGUGUUACAACAUUUAGCCAGGCAGCUGCUGAGCGUUUUACAGUACAGCAUUCCUCAGGUGGUGCAGUUGUCAUCGUUUAUUCACGCUUUGUCUGCCGGUGGACCCCUGCCCUUUGGCAGCCGCUCCGCCGGUCGCUGGGGUUUGGGCUGGCUGCUUCUUUUUGGGAGCCGCUGGUUUGGCUUUGCCGCGGAAAGCCUUGGCCGGGUCCAGAACGUUCACGAACGGUUCCCCAGCUGGAUCAAGGUGGCGGUCAGCGUGGAAAGUAAGGGGCUGAUAAAGAGAUGCCCACUGCUGUGUCGAGAGAGGGAGAGAGAGACAUUAGAGAGAGAUAACAGUGAAUUGUAGUGAUUUUUUGAGCUUACUUCUCUCUGGCGUUUAGCUCACUUUAUCAAUUGCUUGGAUUCUGUUUUUUUUACUUCUAAUUUUUUGCAAAUUGUAUCUUGGAUUAGAUUUUUUUCAGGAUUUUUUCAACAAUGCAUUGGUAGUGGUGUUUGUUUUUAAAGAAAAUAAAAGGCCUGUCCCGAUAAUUAUGUUACAUUAUUGCCGCAUCAUACAAAAAAUAUAUAAUGUACAUAAGUAACAUUAAUUACCUUACACUUACACAGUACACAUUCUCUGUGGCAUCACUUAUUAUCAGCUUCCUCUCUUCUUAUCCUGAUGCUCCAUCAGGACUCAAAUCUGGACUCAACAGACUCAUCACAUGACCUUCUUCCAUUGCGCCAGAGUUCAAUAUUCAUGCUGUUUUUGCCGGUUAGUGUCACUGAUAUAUAUGUUCUUAAGGCUAAAGAGCUGUUUAGCCCCAAUUCCUUGAGUUGCCUUCACAUUUUGGGUGUGGAAAUGCUCUUACUUUCACUAUUAAACAUAUCCUUGA